GUUAUCUCUUCUUUUUUUUUAACCUCAAUUUAAAUGGACCCAGAAUUGGAUGUGGGUCCACACAUCUGAGAAUUAUUUUGUCUGGGAGCCACAUCACCGCACGUGAUUUAACAAAAGGUGACCUAAAUCUUUGGCUCCCAAACUGGUGUCCUUCAGGAGACCUUAACUGCCUCUCAAGGGAUCAUCCUAUAACUCAGGAACAGAUUCCACUCUUUACCAUUUUAUUAGCAUCAUUAGCACCCACAUUAUAUAUAAUUCUGGUCAAAUCACACCUAACAGCAAACCUUCAGAGUCCUGUGGGCCGAUGCUGGUCUAUUUCGAGUCUCUUUGCAUGAAAAUAGUGUGGGAGUCUGGCUUGGAUGCUUUAAAUGACUACAAUAUGGUCUGCAUUGACCAUUGCUGUAGGCCUACAUGAUCCCAGGUUUGCUGUGUAACAUAAACAAUUUUUUUUUAGGAAUAUGCAACAUAUAUCAAUCAAUAGACAUACAAAUAUAUAUAAUAAUAGUUCCACAUUUUGGAGGAAAAUAAGCUAACUUCUGAAGAUUGAUACCAGAAUCAAGUUUGUCCGGUAAACAUGAAGCUAAACAUUAGCGUAGCAUAUUAGAAACAGGGGGAAACUGCAUGCCAGCCUGGCUAUGUCCAAAGGGAACACCUCUCCUCUCACCAAUACACAUAUUAUAUUGUGUUUAAUCUGCAUGAAAACCAAAAAGUAAAGACGACAAGUUGUGGUUCUACAGGAUAUACGGGACUUCUUGGCCUGGAGCCGAUACUUCCGGGAGGUUUCCGCUGGUUGCCCGACUGCUUCCAUCGAAGAUAUAUAGUCCAGUGAGUAGCAGGCUCUGUAAUUAAACCUGUGAUUUACAGUAGCCUAUAGGAUCAAUCUUUUUUUAAAGCCUUUUUCGAUCUUCACAAUGAGAAAUUAGCCUAAAUGUACAGAUAAUUGGAGACCUGCUUUAUAGAAUAAAAUGUUUAAAAAAAUUCUAAAUAAUAAAAAACAAAAUUGGACGUUUGGUCAUGUUGUCAAAAUAUUCUCGGUGACCUCAUGGCCUUUCACCCAUGUGAACGUGGAUGGGCCCCUAGCUGGUUAUCCAGCUUUUGUUUUUUAGUAAUUAAAUCCCAUUAGUAUUCACGUUUAAUCACAAUAUAAUUAAAACAGUUCAGCCUGAGGUUAAAUUAAUCUUUAAUGUUGAUGACUGUAAUUCCUGAUUAGUUCCAGUGGAUUAUUUGAUUAUAAAAAAUAAAAAUAAAAAGACUAAUUUCCUGCUGAUGGAAAUGUUCUGGCAUGCUCAUCCUCAUCACGAUGAAGGGAUCCGGUUAUAACGUGACAGAAUCCCAGCUGAAGCCAAAGCCAGCAGCAGAGCUACAGACAAUUUAUGAUCAGGCUGUGAUGCGCACGGGUGACGCCGCGCUCCUGUAGUCGCAUAACCGCAGACUGGCGUGGGAUCGGUCCCUGCUGCGCCUCAUCUGGAAUAACGUCGGGCGAAAUAAAACGAAAUUUCAUUAGGGGGUGUUUGUCAUUUUAAGGAGGCGAGCAGCGUUGAACGUAAAUCCACCCUUUUUUGGGCAAAACGUUUCCAUCGGAGAGGGAUUUAUUAUUUAUUCCGAUAGAGGAUCACCAAUUAGGCUGUAAAAAAAAAAGAAAAAAAGGAACCAUGGGAAAGCAGAACAGCAAGCUGACUCCCGAGGUGAUGGAGGAUCUGGUGAAGAACACAGAGUUUAAUGAACACGAGCUGAAGCAGUGGUACAAAGGCUUCCUGAAAGACUGCCCCACCGGCAGGCUGAACCUGGAUGAGUUCCAGCAGCUCUAUAUCAAGUUCUUCCCUUAUGGCGAUGCAUCAAAGUUUGCACAGCACGCCUUCAGAACCUUCGAUAAAAACGGAGACGGCACCAUCGAUUUCCGAGAGUUCAUCUGCGCCCUGUCCAUCACAUCCCGCGGCAGCUUUGAGCAGAAACUCAACUGGGCCUUCAACAUGUAUGACCUGGACGGGGACGGCAAAAUCACCAAAGUGGAGAUGCUGGAGAUAAUCGAGGCGAUCUACAAAAUGGUGGGCUCUGUGAUCAUGAUGAAGAUGAACGAGGACGGUAUGACACCACAGCAGAGGGUGGACAAGAUCUUCUGCAAAAUGGAUAAGAACAACGACGACCAGAUCUCAUUGGACGAGUUCAAAGAGGCGGCGAAGAGCGACCCGUCCAUCGUGCUCCUGCUGCAGUGUGACAUGCAGAAGUGAGGCCCCCCCCCCCACCCCGCUCGCUCCUCUCCCCGACAGUAACCCACACUCUGGACAGCAGCACACGUUUUAAUGUCUCAUUAGGUUCUCUGCCAUUUCCACAGGCAAAACAAACAAACAAACCAACAACAAAUCUUGGACGAUUUUUUCAAUGGACUCGCUUCUUGUGGUUGUAUGCAUGAGUAUGUCAAACGCUGAAUACUUUUGAAUAUCGCUAUACGAUAUCAUACAUUUCUAUUUACAGACACGCCAAUGUGAUUUGUGCACAGUAAGCCUCGACAUUUCCAUUCAACCGUAGCUUGUAAAUCGGUGGAGCACUGCGUUACAUCACGUUCCUGCAGUAUGUAGGAUCCCCAGUGUUCACAGCUGCCUCGACUGUACGCUUUACAUAAUAUUAACAACACAAUAACACCUAUGAUAAUUGUAACCUCUACUAUCCAGGCUUGUUGAGCUCUUGGAGAAUAGAGUGGCACCCGUCUGUUCCAGCUGUUUUCACACGAUGGAACCGAGAAAAGAGUAGGUUCUUUGCAUGCAUAUAUUACGUGUCAGAAAAAUAUAAUCUCUUACCUUUUGCAUCUUUAGGUGGUUAUAAAAGAGAAACCCUACGGACUUCAUUCAGUAUUGUUGCAUGGGAUGUACAGUGUGUGACUCAUCAGACUAUUAGUUCACCUCCAGUAAUGUGGGAGCAUGAUUCCCUCCAGUUGAUACACGUGUGUGUGCGACACUCGAGUUGUUUUCAAAAGAUAUUUGGAUUGCAGUUGUGGGCUGAUCACAGAGGAAGAGCGUUCACAUUCACAUCGUAUUAUGGUUUUGCUUCAGUUGACUUCUGGGAUGAGCAGAAAUACAUUUAUGGAGCAGCUUUCCUUUCAUAAAGUUAUUGUACUGCCGUCUAUAUAGAGGAAAGCCCAAAAUGACAGUCAUUAGGCACAGUACCCAUGCAUUAUUCCCCACAAAGAUCCACAAUUGGCUUCUCUUUCAGGCUGCUUGUUUGAUUCAGACUAAAACGACUUAACUCAGUACAUAUCAACAUGUUUACAGAAAGGAGGAGCACUGCAAAAUGAGUAGUCUCAGCUUUUGACCUUGUUGCUAGGAGCUCUCUCUCUGGGCCGGGGGACCCUGUGAGAGGUGCUCCACUUCCAACGCAGCAAAGAAAUAGAAAAAAGGAAGGAGGGGGGAAAAAGCCUCUUAUAUGUUUACUGGACACACUGCAUUCCUACUUAUACAACUUUUUAUUGAAAGAUCUCAUCUUCUAUUCCGUUUGCAACGAUCAUUAAAAGACGCAGGCCCCUCAAGAGAGGCGCUCGAUGAAGCUUUUGAAAGAGUGUUUCAGCGUGAGACGAAAAAUCGGGUUCAAGUUAUCGAAGGGAUUCUCUUUCAACAGUUUCACUUCCAACAUUUCUAGGCUGUGCGAGCAGCUCGUACUCCACUUACAGGAGUGGAGGUCACAGAAGCUUUUCACUGUUCCGUCUCUCGCAUAAAGUGAAAACCACCCUCACAUUAUUAAAGUCUAUAUUAUUUAUACAUUUCAGUUCGGUACCUAUGUCAGAUUCUUUGUCUCCUAAAUGUUUAUAUCAAAUAUGGGAACCUCAUGAUACAAGUGACUGUAUUCUUUUAUACACGUGGCAUGUGUUGCACCCCAAAAAAUUAUUCUGUAGUGAUUAAAAUGAAUAAACCGUCACCAGGCGUUUUCAAAUGACA